GAGGGAACAGAGGGAGGGGUAAGUGCUCAGAGUGUUGUUGUCUGUCGCUGCUGGGGACAGACAGAGCUGGCCAAGGUCGGUGAAAGUACUGCUGAGACCAACAUAACAUCUUAAAAAGUACUACCCCAAGAGACAUACAGAGACAAAGAGAAAGCGGAUGAUAUAGACAGCAAGCCGGCGUCCUCCACCAGAGAAGGUUUGCUGGAAUGGGUAACCUGCUAAAAGUCCUAACAAGGGAUAUAGAGAACUAUCCACACUUUUUCCUGGACUUUGAAAAAACCAAAUGGGGAAUCUGUUAAAAGUGCUCACUUGCACAGAGCUUGAACAGGGGCCAAACUUUUUCCUUGAUUUUGAAAAUGCCCAGCCGACAGAAGGAGAGCGUGAGGUGUGGAACCAGGUGAACUCAGUCCUCCAGGACUCUGAGAACAUCCUGACUGGCCUGCAGGCAUACAAAGGAGCAGGCCAGGAGAUCAGAGAUGCCAUUCAAAACCCCAGUGACUUCACGCUGCAGGAGCGAGCCUGGAACUCAGUCUGCCCGCUGGUCAUCAAACUCAAGAAGUUCUACAGUUUCUCUCUCAGACUAGAGGAGGCUCUGCAGAACUUGUUGGAGUGCCUGACCUGUGCGCCCUUCACGCCCACUCAGCACCUGGAGAGAGAGCAGGCGCUGGCCAAACAGUUUGCUGAGAUCCUCCACUUCACUCUGCGCUUUGAUGAGCUCAAGAUGAGAAUUCCUGCAAUCCAGAAUGACUUCAGCUACUACAGAAGAACCAUCAGUCGGAACCGGAUAAACAACAUGAAUUUGGACAUUGAGAGGGAAGUCAACAACGAGAUGGCCAACAGGAUGUCUCUGUUCUACGCCGAAGCCACACCCAUGCUGAAGACACUCAGCAACGCAACCACAAACUUUGUGACAGAGAACAAGACUCUUCCACUGGAGAACACGACCGACUGUCUGAGCACCAUGGCCAGCGUCUGUAAAGUCAUGCUGGAGACCCCGGAAUAUUCGAGUCGUUUCAGCAGCGAGGACACGCUCCUGUUUUGCAUGAGGGUCAUGGUCGGAGUCAUCAUUCUUUAUGACCACGUCCACCCCAACGGCGCCUUCAACAAGUCCUCCAAGAUAGACAUGAAAGGCUGCAUAAAGGUUCUCAAGGACCAGCCGGCAGACAACGUGGAAGGCCUCCUGAAUGCCCUCAAAUUCACCACAAAACACCUGAACGACGAGUCCACUCCCAAGAACAUCCGGACGAUGCUCCAGUAAUGUUUUGUUCUUUUUUUUUUUAUAUAUAUAUAUAUAUAUAUUAAAGAGGAUCAAUGCUCUGACCUCAAAUAAGAUGUAUAUGUUUACAUUAUUUAAAAAGACUCGAUGUUAAUACUUUGUGUUAUGGCAUAGUCAUUCCCUCCAAGCUAUUGCAGAACAUGUACCUUCUACUUUGCAAAAAAAAAAAAAAAAACAA